AUGCCAUCUCAUACUCCAGUCAUAUUCAUGCUCGUUUUCGUGCUCGUGUCCGUGUCAGUACCAUUGCACGCCUUACCAAUAACAAAACCCAACUGCGACGACCGCUGCGGCAACGUCACCAUCCCGUACCCCUUCGGCAUGUCUCCCGAAUGCCACCGCGACCCCUCCUUCGCGGUCGCGUGCAACCGCGCAUUCGACCCCCCGAAGCUCUUCCUCCUAAACAACUCCGCUGAAAUUACCAAAAUAGCCCUUGAAGGCCAGGUGACGCUCCUCCACCCCAUUGCCCGGAGCUGCUACAACACCAGUGGUGGCGAGAUCUCCGCCUCCUCGCAGCCGCUGAUCCUCCCGCCGCGGCUGACGGUGAACGGCACGGCGAACAAGCUCACGAUCGUCGGGUGCGACACGAUCGCCUUCAUCUACGGGAAGCGCCUCGACCGGAGCUUCAUGACGGGGUGCACCGCUAUGUGCGACGCGGCGGCGGAUCUGGAGGAGGGGCUCUGCGCGGGGGCCGGGUGCUGCCAGGCGGCGAUCCCCGGCGGCGUCUGGGAGGCGGAGAUCGAGCUUGGGAGCUUCUUGAAUUACACGUUCGUAUUGGAUUUCGAUAGGUGCGGGUACGCGUUCCUCGUGGAGGAGUCGGCGUUUAACUUUUCGGUGCGGAGUUUGGUGGAUUUGGAGGGGGUGGAUAAGGUGCCGGUGGUGGUGGAUUGGGUGGCCGGGAACGGGAGCUGCGAGGCGGCGAUGGGAGGCGCCGGGUAUGCGUGUUUGAGCUGGAAUUCGAGGUGCGAAAGCAUUGGAAAUAAUGGAGAUGGGUAUAGGUGUGUUUGUGAGGAAGGGUAUGAAGGGAGUGCUUAUCUUGUUGAUGGAUGCCAAGAUAUUGACGAGUGUAAAGAUUCUACUUUAAACAAUUGUAUGAAAAAAGAGUACUGCACAAAUACACUAGGUAAUUACACAUGUUCUUGUCCCGAUGGAUACUCUGGCAAUGGAAGAGGUAGAAGUGGUUGCACCAUGAAGGAUAACAAGCUUCCCUAUAUCUUAAUCGGAAUUUCAUGUGGCAUAACAACUCUCCUAAUCGCCGCCAUCUUCUUCUACAUGGAGCUCAAGCGCAGAUCUUCCAAAGCAAAGAAACACAAAUUCUUCCUCAACAACGGCGGCUUUCUCCUACAGCAAAAGCUCUCCGCCCGCGAAAGGUCCCCCGACGCCGUCAAGAUCUUCCCCUCCUCCGAGCUCCACUCCGCCACCGCCGGCUUCAGCCCCGCCAUGAUCGUCGGCCAAGGCGGCUUCGGCACAGUCUACAAAGGCACCCUCUCCGACAAAACCCCCGUCGCCGUCAAGAAAUCCAAGCAAGUGGACCCCACGCAAAUCGAGCAGUUCAUCAACGAGGUUUUCGUCCUCUCUCAGAUCAACCACCGCAACAUCGUCCGUCUCCUCGGCUGCUGCCUCGAGACCGAGUCCCCCCUCCUCGUUUACGAGUUCGUCGCCAACGGCACCCUCUCCUCCCACCUCCACAAAAAAUCAGAAACAGACAAAAAAAACGCGGGCCCCAGUCUUCCCUGGGGCGCGCGCCUGCGAAUCGCAGCAGAAACAGCAGGGGCGCUGGCGUACCUGCACUCUGCAGCUUCUGCUGCGAUCAUCCACAGGGAUGUCAAGUCAGACAACAUCUUACUGGACGAGAAUCUGACGGCGAAGGUAUCGGAUUUUGGAGCCUCGAGGCUCGUGCCCGCGGACAUCUCACAGGUUUCGACGAUGGUGCAGGGGACGUUCGGGUAUUUGGACCCGGAGUACAUGCAGACGAGCCAGUUGACUGAGAAGAGCGACGUGUACAGCUUCGGAAUGGUCCUGCUCGAGCUUCUGACGAGCAGGAAGGCCGUGUGCUUCGACGCGGCCGAGGAGGAGAGGAACCUAGCUAGCUACUUUUUAUGCAUGUUGAGGGAGAAUAGGUUGAGUGAGGUUGUUGAUGAGAGUGUUUGGGGAGAUGGGAAUAUGGAGAAGGUGUGGAGAGUUGGGAGGCUUGCUAAAGAGUGUUUGAAUGUGAAGGGGGAGAAUAGGCCAAGUAUGAAGGAAGUGGCAAUGGAAUUGGAAGGGAUGUUGAUGAUGAUGAUGGGAGGGAAGCAUUCAUGGAGUAGAGAUGAAGGUGUUGUUGAUGAUGAGAAGGUGGGAUUGUUGUUUGAUGAGGAAGGAUUGAUGAAUGUGGUUGAUUGUAAUGGUGGAGGGAAUGGAAAGAUUUGUGAUGGAUUUGAUAGUAGUUGGGGUCGUUUUGUGAAUGAAGUUGAUGGAGGAAGAUGAAAUUGGCUUGGGAUAUUCCCUCCUUAUAGCAAUAUGAGUCUUACUUUUUCGGUAUAGAAAAUAUGAGGGGUAAAAGUUAAUAACAUGAGUGUGUCACUUUUAUAUAUUGAUAUUAUAAUGAAAUACAAGUGAAAAUAAUUUUGGAAAUUUUGGGGUGAGUGCCCUGGUUUCCAAAAAAAAAAAAUGUAAAUAAGAUAAAAAUGAGAAAUGACUCUUUAUUUAUUUAAGACACAGUUGUCUAUAUUGUCCUCAUGUACAAUCAAUAUUAUCGUUUGACUAACAAAAAUAUGGACAAACUUCAA